AUGGGAAUGCAAUUCCCAUCUCCUUUACGAGUCUCCCAUCUCAAACCCAUUUGCCUCGCUGUCUUCCUUUUAAUUGCCUUGCUGUAUAUUUUCCCCAAACAUGACCUUUCUCAUAGCACUGGCGCAUUACAAGCCUUGAAACCCUCAGUCUCCCACUACAGCGAUGAGUAUCGGCACAACUCGUCCCAUGAGGAGCCGGCCGCUCCACCUCCGUCUUUCGACUUCAUAGACUUGAACAAAUUGGAUACGGCCUCGUUGUCCAAUGCGCACUACAACCCAUACGUCGAGUCCAAUGGUAUAUGGCGCAGCUCUCGCAAGCCAUGUGUUGGUCCACGAGGCGUCGAUGUCAAUGGGAACCCAGAUGACAUGCUUCUCGCAUAUGCAGUCUCGCCGCCGAUAAGCAUACCUGAACCCAUCUUCGGCUCCUAUCACGAAGGUGGACUAGACCGCGAGCAUUGCUUCGACCGUAACGGCCGCCUCGGCCUCUACGGCUAUUCAAGCGCGAAUCCCGCAGGAUGGGCGCAACCAUCUCGAGUCAAUUGGACAGGAGUAGAUUGGGGAACGCUACAGGACCAAUGUGUGGAAGGCAACGCAGACCGCUACGCUCUCGUGGCGACUCCUAUGCGUCAGCCACUUAGGAAUGCCACUGCUGAAGACCUAGUCUUUAACACGACAGAGAACAAGAGCAACGCGAAAAAAGGUUUGUUUGGGAAACCCAAGUCUCGCACUGCGGUCGUGGUGCGCGCGCACCAUAAGAUGAAUUUCAGGAAUGAUACGAUGAUGUUACUACGUUCUCUCGUUGCGGAGCUCUCUCUUCAUUCCGGCGGGGAAUACUCGGUUUUCCUGCUCGUCGAGGUUAAGGAUGAGAGGUCGAUUGAUGAUCCUGAAGUGUAUCAGGAUAUUCUUGAAAACCACAUUCCGCAGGAGCUUCAUAAAAUGACACUUUUGUUCAAAAGGGAAGCGCUGAUGUCUUCCUGGUACCCGAAAAGUACGUUGAAGGUAGAGGGGUUGAAUCAGGCGCUACAGGUCUUUGCAGAGCUGCAUCCAGAGUUUGAUCAUUUUUGGCAGACAGAGCUGGAUGUAAGAUAUACCGGCCAUUGGUACAAUCUCUUGGAGAAUGCGGACUCGUGGGCACGCUCACAGCCUCGGAAACUCCAAUGGGAGCGCGCAAGCAGGUUCUUCGUCCCGAAUAUCCACAAGACCUGGGCAAAUUUCACCGAGCUUGUUGAGGCUAGCACUCCCAAUGGUGGCGUUUGGGGGUCCCCCAAACACAUUGCCGUACCAGAACCCAUCGGACCUGAGCCUCCCGUCACUAACCCAGCCAAAGACAAAUAUACGUGGGGCGUAGGGGAAGAUGCCGACAUCAUCACUGUAGGCGCUGUGGUCUACUGGCCCGGUGGGAAGGAUUGGGGCAUCGGAAAGGAAUUCCCAGGCGAUCCGCAACGCUCGCUCGAAGUCCGAGUCUGUGUCCAGCUCGCCAUCGCCCGCUUCUCCAGACGUCUGUUGCGCGUCAUGCACUCGACCCAGUCGCAGGAUGGGGUAUCCAUGACGCCGGAAAUCGGCCCCUUUACCUAUGCGAAGCUUCACGGGCUCAAGAUCGCGCACUUCCCCCUGCCGAAUUAUUAUGAUCCCCAGAAUGAUAUGCCGCAAGAUGUUGGGGAGGUCGAACACCUGAUCAAUAAACAGGGUCCGGAAUCCCCCUUGAAGAAUCCGAGGAGUGGCUACUUUGAUAAUUUCAUGCAUCGUCAUUUGGGAUCUAUACUAACGAUAGCAGUGUUAUUGAAUAAUUUUGCGGAGAGAUUUCUAUGCUACAGUACAAAUCUGGGUGUGUGGUUGUCAGGCGCGAUUCGUCACGGGGGGUGGCGGGCUGCUUGCGCCAAGGCACCGAAAACGUAA